AUUCCAAAAAAUUUAUAAAUGUUGUGUAAUUCUGCCGAAAACUGGUAUAUUAUAAACUCAAUUUCUUUCCUAUUUUUUCAAUCAUAAAAAAAACUAAAAAGUACAAUGUUUUGUUAUAAUUGACUUCUCAUUCUUUAAGCACCGUCAACUUUAAAUUUGUUGCUAAAAAAUACCUUCAAUAUUGAAGAUUGAAGCAGCUUCAAAACGUGAUGACAAAGUAAUCUACUAUACACUCUAUACUCUAAAAUAGUCUAGACUACUCGAUCCAUCGACCAUCAGACUCCUAUAAAAUCUAAUACUCGUAUCAGACAUUUCAUCAUCAACAAUCUUUCUUGAAUAAAAUGGAUCAAAAUCUUUUUUAUGGAAGGAGCGGCAAGAGAAUUCCGAAUUUUCAGGCAACCCGCUCGUUUACAACCGAAUUGUUUUCUUUCCUCGCGGUAAACAGCCUGUGUUGCGUAUCUCCCACAGGAACGCUGUGCGCUGCGGCCGUGUGUCCUGUUUUGAGUUCAGCGUUGUAGACCUGAAACCGUACUACCGCAGUCCGCAGUCGUUCCCGUCAUAAACGCCAUUUUACAUUGUUUUUUAUAAGUGUAUAGCAAAUUCUGACACGCUCGUUAAAACAUAUAUAAUACUAUAAUAUAUCAACCAUUAUACAAGUAUAAUUUAUACGUAACAGUAUAUACACGGCUGAUGUAAGUAGCUACUAUUAUUGUUAAACCAAACGAUUUUUGCGGGAACACAAGAGUGCCUUGUUUAGAUACGAGGUGCCAUGGAGUUCAAUAGCUUCACCAAUAGUGAAGUGCUAAAGAUCGACAACACGCUGACAGCUGUGGGAUAUGAGAAUAAUGUUGAUUUGAGAAAUAAAAUGGGAUGGAUGGUCGACGAGAUGGGCAAAGUGUCAGCAAUGGCACAAGAAUUAAAGUCGCCGAUUACCAGCGCAGAAAUGCUCAUCAAUUCCGAUCAUGUCCUCUACAUGAUGAUCGAACACAAUUCUUCACCGCAUUUUGUUAUUGUUGGAAUUUUAAAGAUGGGAUGGAAGAAAUUAUGUCUCUACAACAAAGCUGUAGGAUCUUGUAAAGAAACCAUGGUUUACUGUUUGAUGGAUUUCUAUAUCCACGAAUCCAGACAGCAUAAAGGUUAUGGAAAAUAUCUGAUCGAUUACAUGCUGCGGGAUAUGCAUUUAUGCGCCAAAAAUUUGGCUAUUGAGAAACCGACUAAAAACCUAUUGCAGUUUAUGUGGAAACAUUUUCAAUUAUCUAAACUAGUAAACCAGGGAAACUAUUUCAUAAUCUAUGAGGAGUUUUUCGACGACACAUUCAACGAAAGGAGUUGUAACAAUUAUAUUGGAAACGGAUCAUUAGUAUCAGCAUGUACAUGUCAAUCAUCAAUACUUGGACAACCUGAAAUACAAACACAUCGUAAAACAACGGGCGAAAUUGCACAAGAAAACGCUAUGUAUUCAGAAUUAUAUUACAACCCAGGAAUCAAUUAUGUUGAAAACCAGAUCAAAGAAGUUAAUGCAUUUCAAAAUGUACAGCAGGAUAGAAAUCCUGCAAAACGAGAUCAAAUAUUUCACCAGAAUUAUUUAAUACAGAACAUGCUAAAUGAUAAUUCAAUUUAAUAUUUUUUGCUUGGUAUAAAUUUUUCUCUAAUAUUUUUUUCCUUAACACUAUGAAAUAUUAAAAAUUAACAUUGUAUAAUUAUUAUCAUUUUGUGUUAAAGUUUAUAAAUAAUAAGUAUAAUAUUUAAAUUAUUAGUUACUAUUUUUUCAAUAUUUUUUAUAUUUCCAAUAUUUCCAUUCAUAACAAAGUUAUUAAAUAAUCAAAUAUAUUAUAUGGCACAUAUUGUUAUUGCGCACCAACUUAAAUUUUCAUU